GGCUCUUGGACCGAGCACUUCGUCGCUAAGGAAGAAGAAACAGGAAGGAUAAAAGAUUGCUGGGACAAUCAGGAAGUUCCUGCACUCUCCACAUGUAGCAACUCCAGUAUCUUUCGAAGGAUAAAUGCCAUAUUGGACAAUUCUCUGGAUUUCAGUAGAGUCUGUACUACACCGGUAAAUCGAGGAAUGCAUGAUCAUUUACCAGACUUCCAGGACUCUGAAGAAACAGUUGCAAGCAAGAUGCUUUUCCCCACCUCUGCGCAAGAAUCUUCUCGUGGCCUCCCAGAUGCAAAUGACUUGUGCCUUGGCCUGCAGUCCCUCAGCUUGACGGGCUGGGACCGACCCUGGAGCACCCAGGACUCAGACUCCUCAGCCCAGAGCAGCACACAUUCAGUACUGAGCAUGCUGCAUAACCCACUGGGAAAUGUCCUAGGAAAACCCCCCUUGAGCUUUCUGCCUUUGGAUCCACUUGGGUCUGAUUUGGACAAGUUUCCAGCACCACCCUCAGUUAGAGGAUCUCGCUUGGACACCCGGCCCAUCCUGGAUUCCCGUUCUAGCAGCCCUUCUGAUUCAGACACAAGUGGCUUCAGCUCUGGAUCAGAUCAUCUCUCAGAUUUGAUUUCAAGCCUUCGAAUUUCUCCUCCUCUGCCCUUCCUGUCUCUGACAGGGAGUGGUCCAAGAGACCCCUUAAAGAUGGGGGUUGGGUCCCAUAUAGAACAAGAGCAAGCUGCUCUGGCUGCAGUCACACCCUCCCCAACUAGUGCUUCAAAGAGAUGGCCAGGAGCUUCCAUGUGGCCAUCCUGGGACCUCCUCGAAGCGCCCAAGGAUCCCUUCAGCAUAGAGAGGGAGGCCAGACUCCACCGGCAAGCUGCAGCUGUGAAUGAAGCCACCUGUACCUGGAGUGGCCAGCUUCCUCCCCGUAACUAUAAGAAUCCCAUCUACUCUUGUAAGGUGUUCUUAGGAGGUGUUCCUUGGGAUAUUACUGAAGCUGGAUUGGUUAACACCUUCCGUGUUUUUGGUUCUCUGAGUGUGGAGUGGCCUGGUAAGGAUGGCAAGCACCCCCGGUGUCCUCCCAAAGGAUAUGUAUAUCUGGUCUUCGAACUGGAGAAGUCUGUCAGGGCCCUGCUUCAGGCUUGCUCUCAUGACCCGCUGAGCCCAGAUGGUCUGAGUGAAUAUUAUUUCAAAAUGUCUAGCCGAAGGAUGCGCUGCAAGGAGGUGCAGGUGAUCCCCUGGGUCUUGGCUGACAGCAACUUUGUCCGGAGCCCUUCUCAAAGGCUGGACCCCAGUAGGACAGUGUUUGUUGGUGCCCUGCACGGGAUGCUCAAUGCUGAGGCUCUGGCUGCCAUCUUGAAUGACCUAUUUGGUGGAGUGGUGUAUGCUGGGAUUGACACAGAUAAGCACAAGUAUCCCAUUGGGUCUGGACGAGUUACUUUCAAUAAUCAACGUAGUUACCUGAAAGCAGUUAGUGCUGCUUUUGUGGAGAUCAAAACCACCAAGUUCACCAAGAAAGUUCAGAUUGACCCCUAUCUAGAAGAUUCUCUGUGUCACAUCUGCAGUUCUCAGCCUGGCCCCUUCUUCUGUCGAGAUCAGGUCUGCUUUAAGUAUUUCUGCCGGAGCUGUUGGCACUGGCGGCACAGCAUGGAAGGCCUGCGCCACCAUAGCCCUCUGAUGCGGAACCAGAAGAACCGAGACUCCAGCUAGAGGCAUAGCAGGCAAUGCCCAGUGGCCGGUGGCACUUUAGGCUUGCAGUUCAGGCAGCAGCCUGCACCGCCACUCUGCCAUUGGCAACCAGGGAGCUGGCUUCCCGAGGACAAGGGAAAAUCGUAGUCACCUUUGCACUUGCUGAAUCUGUCUUUGUUUCUGCACUAAUUAAUGCACAAUGAGUUUUGUCGGGUUUUGUUUUCAGGGGGUGUAAAAACCUUGUGUCUGCUCACCCUCCAAGCAACUCUGUAGUUUUCCCAGAUUUUAGUUUCUCAUUUUGCAGAUGAAAAGCAAAAAAGGAACUGUGUCCAGGAGGUAUUGACACGGAUGCCUACAUCUAGGUUUAUUUAUUAAAGCGCUGUUUUACAUUCCAUGCAAUACUGAUGGUGAUGAUGUGCAGGUCUCAUUGGUUUCAUUCUUGCAGUUGCCAUACAGUGCCUUUCCAUUUAUUUAACCCCCACCUGAACGGCAUAAACUGAGUGUUCAGCUGGUGUUUUUUACUGUAAACAAGGAGACUUUGCUCUUCAUUUAAACCAAAAUCAUAUUUCAUAUUUUACGCUCGAGGGUUUUUACCGGUUCCUUUUUACACUCCUUAAAACAGUUUUUAAGUCGUUUGGAACAAGAGAUUUUUUCUUUCCUGGCAGCUUUUAACAUUAUAGCAAAUUUGUGUCUGGGGGACUGCUGGUCACUGUUUCUCACAGUUGCAAUCAAAGCAUUUGCAACCAAGAAAAAAAAUUUUUUUUGUUUUAUUUGAAACUGGAUUGGAAAAACGGUGUUUGAGCAACUGCUCUAUAUAGUUUUAAAUGAUUUAUUGCACCUUCUUAAGUUGCACUUAUGUGGGUGGGAGGGUUGAUAGAAGUUUUUAAUCACAAAGUCACAGGACUUUUUUCUUUUUGUAACUGAGCUUAAAAAAAAGGGCUGCUUUUUUGGUGGGAGCAGAUGAAGGCUCACAGGAGCCCUUUCUCUUAGAGGGGGCAAGUACCCUUCCUUUACAUCUUUCAUUUGAGGAAUGUAUGAAUCAACAGUUAAGGUUGACUGAAAUGCUACUGGAAUUUGAAAACUUGACUUUUCUUUCCUUUUUUUUUUUUUUUU